AUGCUGGCCCUACCACAAAGACGUCAGCACCUUUCACUACACUCGCAAUCCACCCUACCGUCUCCACCAUCCUCGCAACACCUCUCGUUCGACCAACUGUCGCAACAGCUCUCGGCGCAGAACUUCUUUGACCAAAAACUGCUCCACGACUACCUUGAGUCGCAGCAGCACGCCUUUGCGACACCCAUCAUCGUCGACAGCGACCUGUCGUCCAACUCAAACCCUUUCAUGAACGGAGCCUACGACUUUUUGAACCCUACUAUUAGGAUUCAGCAGUCGACGCCGACGCCACAACUACCUUCGGGCUUCUCGCAACCUUCAAUGCUCCCAGCGAGUAACGCCACGGCCUCCGGUCUCGAGAACUGGCACAACUUUGCGAACAAUGGUCAUGCGGACAGCCAGUCGCUGCAGACGCCCGUACAAAGCCAGGCAGGAAGAGGACAUCAACGCGCGUCGUCGUCCUCGUCGAUAGGAUCGACUGGAUCCCAGUAUCAGUCUGCAGGUCCCACAACCACCUACCCGUACGUCGCCCAUCCCGAAAAUUUGCCAUCCUGUUCAGCUACUCAUGUUGAGUCAUCUUACACCGCUGACAUACCUUCAAGACCCUUCUCGAACCAUUUACCCACCCCUACUCACACACCUACGCAAGAUUCAUUCGCAAUGAAUCCAAACUUCAACACAUACAACCCCAACACUACCAACAUGGACUCGACAAUGUCCGCACAUUUCUCAAUGAAGCAGGCGCUCAUGGACCAGCAUGUUCCUGACGAAGACGUGCCCAGCUUUGGACACUCAGCGAGGCAUUCGGUAUCAAGCUACGGACACGACUCGCCGGCGACCCCUCACACUGCGCAGGGUGAAGACUUUGAGGACAGGUUCAAGGUGCCUCCUACCGGUGAGAUACUCUACAAGGUCGAAGCAUGGUUCGAUGAAUACCUAACUUACGAUGACGAACCAGACUUGCGACACCAAGUGCCCAAGUUCGAGAGGACUUACACGGAUGUGGCCCCCGACAGCUUCUACAACUCAAGCACCAUGUUGCAACAGGCACCAUCAAUACCGCAUACCAAGCCUGCUCCCAAUGCAUCGUUGCUGUCGCCGUACCGAAGCAACAACCCCAACGACAUCCUCCAGCGAACUGUGCAAGCCGCUCAGAACGCGCGGUCACAGUCACCUGCGAGCUCAGCGUCUCGUCCCAUCUCACCCUUUCGACACUCCUCACCGUACCGCCACCCCAGCAACAACUUCAGCUCACCUCGCAUGCGGGUGCCCACGGCAGCCCUGGCACGUGAGCAAAAGGUUGAGGCUGAUGCAGCUUACGCAAUGAAGCAGAACGUGGCAUCGACCGAGGAGGCUCAACCAAAAACGAUCUCGCCAAAGGAUGCGUUAUUAGACUAUCGCGAAGCCGAUGAUCAGUCUAAGGUGGCACUCUUCCCGGAAGGUGGCGCAAGCGAGUACGAGCACCAAUACAACGGUGGCGACCAAUAUAGAAACGCCACCCAAUCCAGCUUUGACACAACAUCGGGGCAGGCUUACAGACGAGACAGCUGGGCAACACCUCAUUUCUCGCCAAACUACUCCUCAACCACCUCUGGACCCCCAGCUUCAACCUUCGCCUUUGUUCCCCCGGCUAUCUCGGGGAACAUGCACGGUUUGCCUUUCACCUCGCAGUUCCGAACCACUCCCGCCAGCAUGCCGUCGGCAUCCGACCAACCACCGGAAUUCCCGGCACAUCUCACCUCGAUGGAGUCCAGCGCGAGUGAGGCCGGACCCGAGACAGCCAGCACUUCGAGUGAGCAUCUCCAGAAACCGGCCGCUUCUUCGGCCGACUCGGGUACGUACACAUGUACCUACCAUGGCUGCACACUUCGAUUUGAAACUCCGCAAAAACUGCAGAAGCAUAAACGCGAAGGUCACCGCAAUGCGAAUGCUGCGACCAUGGGUUCCAGCAUGACAUCAGCGGCACUCCUGGAGCGCAAUUCGCAGGCGGGGCCUCACAAGUGCGAGCGCAUCAACCCCACAACCGGCAAGCCCUGCAACACGAUCUUCUCUCGGCCUUAUGACCUCACUCGCCACGAGGACACGAUCCACAACGCCCGCAAGCAAAAAGUCCGGUGCGCACUGUGCGUCGAGGAGAAGACGUUCUCACGCAACGAUGCACUGACCCGACACAUGCGCGUCGUGCAUCCUGAGAUCGACUUCCCUGGUAAGCACAGACGUCGUGGCGGAAAUCACGACUGA